AUGUCUGAUCUUCACGAUCUCUGCAAGUUUGCGUCUAGACCAAUUACUAGCAAAGCUCUAGAUGAGCUAAAGCAUUACUUAAAAGCAGGCAUUCCUGCCACUUACACCAUUGAAGAGGCGUACAACUACACACACGGCAUUGAUGAGGAUGCCCUGACUACCACUACUCCAUUGCAUCUUAUAGCAACUCAUGUUCCCAAAAAUCUUUCUGAAGAUGAGAUGAAUGUUGCGAAUGACAUGGUUACGGUGCUUUUCGAGUAUGGUGCAGGCUGGUGUCUUACUGACGUGAAUGGAGAUACGCCUGGAUGCAUACUCAUCAAAAGAGGUUUGAAGGAGACGCCUUUGUACAAGCAGAUUGUCGAUGCUGGAGUUCGCGCCGAGUUGCUCUUGCGGAAGGUAAGUGAAUUUGACAUGGAAGUCCUUAGCGAUGACGAGGUUCCUGAACUUGUCGACACAGAAAAGGCAUCUCUUGAGACUGGAUUAGAUGCAGAGGUGGAGACUGGAAAUGAUGCUGCUGAGAACACAAAAGCUGAGGCUGAGGAGGAGGAAACGAAAUCUCAAACAGAAAAAGAGGCUGUCGAUGAGACGAAUGAUCCAUCGUUCAACCAAAAGGCAUACCUUGAGUCCAAGCUAGAGUACAAGGACGAUGCCUUGAUCACUGAGGAGGGCAAAGACGGCGUUAUGAUGUCCUGGGAAACCGAUAUCAUGAGAAUAGGCUGUGAGACACUAUUCAAAACUGCUGAAGACGCAAAAGAUGUCAACGUACUCAAUAUUGGUUUUGGUAUGGGCAUUAUCGAUACAAUGAUCAACAAUAAGAAACCUACGAAACAUUACAUUUGUGAAGGCCACCCUGAUGUUCUCAAGAAGAUGAGGGAAGAGGGCUGGUUCAACAAGCCCAACGUUGUCGUUCUCGAGGGCCGCUGGCAAGAUCAACUAACGCUCUUACUUAGCUCUGGCCAGGUUUACUUUGAUGGCAUCUACUACGACACUUUCUCUGAACACUAUCAAGACAUGCUUGAACUCUUUGACUUUGUUGUCGGGCUCCUCAAACCUAGCGGUGUCUUCUCCUUCUUUAACGGUUUAGGUGCUGACAGACAGGUGAUAUACGAGGUGUACAAGAAGUUGGUCGAGAUUGAUUUGGGCAACUAUGGUCUUCAGGUUACUUUCAAGGAGGUCCAAAUCCCACAGGAAACUUUGAAGAAAGGUAACGAGAAAGACGAGAGUGUGUGGGACGACAUCAGAAGGCCAUACUGGCUGUGCCCCGUGUACUACCAUCCGGAGGCUACAUUUCAGGAAAUUUAA